UUGUCGAUUAAAAUUUAAAAAAUGUUUAAGUGAAAUAUAUUCAAAUUAAAUACUUAAAUGCAUGGUAAAAUUCCAACAGUGCAGUGCUUUAAACUUGGAAGUGAGUGCGUGCUUACCAAUGCUUCUGUGCAUUAAAUACAAGUAGAAGAAUUAUCGAAAAAAUUAUAGAGAAAUUGAAUCUUUAAAUGAAAAUAAAAAUAGAAUAAUUGAGGAUUAAGUGAAAAGUGUAGCUUAAAUAUAUAGUUAAAUAUUUUAUUAGCAUUAUAAUAAAAAAGUGCAGUAGGAAGAAAAAAAUCAUUUAAUAAACUAAAAUUCCAGAUUUAAAUGUUUAACUUAGAAAGUUUCCUCUAACUUUUCUUAAAUAAAUCCGUAACUGAGUUCCAGCUCUUAUUGCCAGCACACAAUUCCCACAGUCCUGCACUCCCUAACGCGAUUGCUCGACUGCUGGCAAACGAUUGGCGUUUAAUAGCCGAUUAUCCAGAAUUUAAUUUACGCAAUUGAUGUGCCAUGAACAAGGCAUCCAUGAACCCUGACCACAUAGUGUCAACACAUCAGGCAACGAUGAUGCCACUUCUGCCGCGCUCGCGAAAUGAUGACGCCAGCAGCAGAUGAGACCGAGACAAGAGCAAUUAAGCACUCAUUGGAUUUGUUAUUGUAUCAAUUAAGUGCGCCAUUAAAAGUAUUAAAGAAGAAAGUGCGCAUUAAACGCGGGCGAAAGAGAUAGUGGAAAUAGCGCCAGUAAAGCCAACCACAAAGCCGACUGAGGCAUAUAAGUCAAAGCAGAAAAUCAAAGGAGCGGCGCUCUAAAGCGGACUGCGAGAAAGUGAAGCGUUAGAAACCUCGCGCUUCCAUCAAUUGAGAUUCCCCCUCACAAACGUACAAAUAGAAUCUACAAGCUGUAACAUUAAAUAAUUAGUGGAUACAUUCCAAAUAGUAAUCAGCAAAACGAUGUGGACUCGCACAGCUUACCAGCGGCCGUUGGUAUUGCUGAUGUUGUUGUUGCAAACAUGCUCUGACUUCAAUUUGCAUGCGGAUGCUGGUGUUGCCGCGUCCACCGCAGUGCUGCAGUCCGCCGAGGCGGAAGUGAGCUCCGAGCACACUGACCUAUAUAACAUCCGACACGGACGCUCCAAGGUGCGACACUCCAACGAGAAGGAGCAUCUCCUUUGGGCCAUGCGACCACAAAACACGCCAGCAGGAAACGAUAAUGCCAAAGCAGCCGUAAACAUCCGACUACAAGGUGCGGGCGGAAGGAGUAUCACCGCAAAUACGUCCCAAAACGCCGCGGAUGCAACAAGCGGUGACAUUAUAGCCAGCGACUAUGAUAAUCAGUUGAUGUCCGGAGCUGUAGAAAGCAUUGCGUACAAUCUGACUGUGCGCCAGAGCAGGAUGACAGCUCAACAACUCAACGAAAACCAAAGUCGGUUAGGUGGACUUUGGAGCAUCGGUGCGGACAGUAGCAUACAAACGGGCAAUGGACAUUUAUUCGGCAGUGAUUAUUGGCGAAACUCGGAUGCGAAUGGCUCUUUGAUAAGCUCGGCGGAAAUUAACCCAGCGCAGCGAGUAAAACCAGCCACACAUGCAAUGCCCGAAAAGCGGUCACAUGCAAUUGCCACCGCGGCACUGCAUUCAGCUAUUAAACGAAAACACACUGAAACAUCGCACAUAUCGCUGGAUUAUUCCCACCAAGCUGCGAAAACCACCGACACGCCAGAUGCUGGUCCUGGUGGACUUGCCACUAGCGAAGCGCCGGUGACACAUCGCAUACGCAAACUGCAUAUGAAGAAGAUAAUGGAAAGCAUACGCAAUAGUGCGGACAAGGGUCUCGGUGUGAAGACAUCGAAGAGCCAUCAUCGCAGCCUCAUGACCGCCGAGCAGCUACAGGGUAGGCCAAUGGAUAUGGAACUACUAAAUGGUCAAGAUAGUGAUGCAGACGAGACAGACAUGCAGGAUGAUGACAGUGUGGAGGACAAUGCCGACAGUGACGCUGUGAACAGCAGCGUAGAUGAAACUGCCGCCGAUGAUGAAGAUGCGGACGGAGUAAGAGAUUUCAGCAGUCGCAGUGAUGAACAAGACGCGGAUAGCGAUAAUGGCACGGCUGGUAAUGAGGACGCUAGUGAUGAAACCAAUGACGAAGACAUGGCCAAUAACAGCGUCGACGGAAGUGAAGACGCUAGCGAUAACAUAUUGACAUCCGACAUAGAUGGCACCAGCGACAGUGACGGUGCAUUGAAUGAGGUUUUGCAAUUAGCAGACGAAUUAGAUAUCUCCGUGAACUCCAUGGAGGAUGUCUACCAAAGCGACGAAUACAUGACGACAACCUCAAGCUAUGUAACCACAAGAGUCGCAGAAAGUGCUGAGCUCACUGAGCAGGUUUCAACAUCACCUACACUUUUGAGUGGUGCAGCAAAUGAACUAGUCACCAAAAUGCUUAACGACGGUGCUUUUGUGGAGACCAUUACAAGCGCUCCUAUGGAGCCAAAAAAGGUAACAACGAAAUUGCAACUCGUACAGAAAACAGUAACACCAACAAAACUAACGUUGCUGCCGACAAUUGCCACAAAAGAUUUUGUGCAAUCGAAACUCGCAACCAUAAGGAAGUGGAAAAAUCAGACUCAGUCUGUGGCGCACCAAAAUGAAAUUGCCACAAACGAGCGAAGCGCGUGGCAUGAUGCUGGCGGUGGCGCGGCAUGGCGAGACAGUUUAAAUGUGCAUGACUCUGUUAAUACGAAGAUAGCCGCUUCGAAACCCGAAGACCUUGUUUACUCGCAUGAGGCGCAUGGCGCAAUUGAGGUGUCGCAGUUCCAAAGCACAGAUGUCAGCAACGAGACGGCACCAUUUGCUGAUGAAGACAAUGAAACUUUAAGCACUUUGGAACCCAUUCGAAGUGGAGCUGAGGACCGAGAUGCCAUCUGGUUAAACAGUAAUUUUUCGCAAGAGCCCAAUCAGUUGGCAAGCACGAGUGUCGGUGGCGUUGGCUUGGACCGACAGCAGUCUUUCGAGAUUGAAGAGAUUAAUUUCGAAAAUGUUGUGCUAGAGAAUGCUGACGAUAUAACAAUGGACGACGGCCAUAUGGAUAAUCGUAAUGCACACGGUUUUCCAGUGAGUAAUACGGGUGAUGUGAGUGCGGACGUAAAUGGUAGUGAAGAGGAUGGUAACGAAACGGAUAACGGUGAAGACGAUGAAACGAAUCGGUUCUUGGCCGGUGUGGUAGAUGCGGCAAACGAAGAUGAGAUUUACGAUUGGGACGAGAUAUCGCGUAAUAAUCGACGAAACCUGAUGCGCGGUCGCGAUGUCGUUACGAAGUUCUUGCAAAUCGUUGAAACACAACAUUUGCUCGGUGCCAAUUGUGAGGCGGGUACGUCGUUAAAUUUAGGCGAAGGCGUGGUCGAUCGUUACGCGCAGGAUCGCUUUCGUGUUGAAGCCGAAGUGGCGGUGAAUCGGGCGAACAUGUUGACCAGAAUUUUCAAGAUGACUGCACCGGCUGCGCAGGCCGACGUUAAUCUGCUGCACGCUUCCGUGCUUUCGAUGGUCGAAUUCGACGACGACAUUUUUGCCGCUGGAAAUUGUUUCGAUUGGAAUGAGCACCCCUCGCAGUCGGGACUUUUCUGUCCGUUCGCCUAUCGUUUGCCAGCCCCACACCUAGGCGCAAUACUGGCCAAGGAUCUCUCCAUGGAAUAUCAUUAUCUCGGCAACACGUCCGAAUGGUUCUUUCAAGCGCGAAAAAACGCCGAAAAAGUAAUUAUCCGUAACGAGCAAUAUCUAAAAUCUUUCCAUCUUUACUCCAACAAAACCGAUGAGCGCGUUGAGGACGACACGCUGGCUGUGAAAUACGAGGACGGGCGCUGGUCCAAGCCUUACUAUGACUGCGGUGGUGGCAACAUUUGGAUGUUGACGUAUACGGUACCGUUUUUCGGCUACGAAAAUGGAACAUAUCAUUUCAAAGGAACUUCGGGCAUCGACAUCGACUUGAGGCGUGUGGAUAUCGAUCAAUGUCCGCAGCGCAACUCGCCGGGCACCACACAGCCCCUCAACAUAUUCGCCGGCACCGACAAAUGCAAACAGCGCACAACAAUGUGUGAGGCUUUAAAAGGAUUGGGCUUCCGCCGUGGCUCCUACAAAUGUGUUUGUCGCAAGGGCUAUUACUUUCCAGACACCAUGUCUUCGCAAAAGUUCUUCAACGGCAGCCUGCUGGAGGAGGAGUACGAGAAGCUCAUGCUGGGCAGAAACUCCACCUACAACAUCAUCAAUGAGUACGAGUGCCUGCCGUGCGCCGAGGGCUGCGAUUACUGCGAGGACGGCUCGCCUUGCAUUGCAGCGCUUAAUUGGCCGAUGCGAACGAGCAUUUUGGUGCUGGCUUGCACCGUCAUCGGUUUGCUGCCGCCGGCCGCGUGGUUCACAUUCCGCUAUCAACAAGUGAAGGUUGUUCGUGCCGCCAGCCCGGCUCUGUUGCGCGUCAUUGCCCUAGGCGCCUUCUUCAUCUACUGUACAAAUAUCGUGAUGUACCCCAAUCCGAAUCUGUACACCUGCACGGCGCGAAUAUGGCUACGCGAAAUCGGAUUCUCACUGACAUAUGGCGCUUUGAUGCUGAAAACGUGGCGCAUUUCGGUGAUAUUUCGUGUUCGUUCAGCAAAAGCGGUGAAAAUCACAGACGCAGCACUAUUGAAGCGGCUCGGCAUUAUUUGCGGUGUCAUUGGAACGUGCCUGCUGGUGCGUACUUUGGUUGCACCGCCCGAUGUUGUGGUUGGCCGCACUGCUGAUGAUCUGAAAGCAUUUUUAUGCAAAACGGAUUACUGGGAUUACACUUUCACAUCGAUGGAGGUGCUAUUUCUCGCCUGGGGUGUGCGCCUGUGCAUUAUGGUGCGGAAGGCGCCGUCCGAGUUCAACGAGAGUCGCUUCAUCUCCAUGGCCAUCUACAAUGAAUUCCUGCUGACCUGCUUCCUCAACGUCUCCAUGCUCUUCCUGCAAUCACCAGCUAAUCCUGACCUGCUCUACAUCAUUUUCUUCUGUCACACACAAUUGACGGUGACACUUUUAUUGUGUUUAAUAUUCGGCAGCAAGGUUUACAUUGUGCUGCGCAGCGGCAAAUCGCAUCAGGAGACCAUCGGCAUGGGCGCCAAGUCCUCCGGCGCCAAAUUCAAUUUUCGUCCACAGGUGCGCACCUUUGCUAAUCCCAGUUCGGUUACCACCUCCACCGUUCCCGUGGCGGGCACCACAUCAGGCGACACAAAACUUUCGGACCAGGAAGCACUUGAAGAAAUCCGACAACUGAGUGUGCAGCUGCAGCGUAUUCAAGAGAUGGCGCCGCCGAAAGGUGUUGCCGUUAUGACAAUCUCCAGUCUCUUAGACGGUCUUAAGACGCCAGGCGGCAUGAUUAUGGUCGCUGCCGCCGCAUCGCAGGCGGCCACUUCGAACAACCAACUAACCGUGCGUCCAUAUACGCCCGGCAGUGGCGGUGGCAUAACUGCAAGCAGUGCCGGCGGUGGCGCUUUGCCAUUGCUCUCACUCAAUACUGAAAUGGAGAAGUACAAUCAACAGAUGCAGACAACGCACAACAACAAUGUUACGGCAGCUGCGAGCAAUGCUGCUAAGCCUACGCAACCGAAAGCACUAAUGCUGGAGGUGGAGACCAGCACGACCACAAUCGAGGAGUCUUUGUUGGCGCUGCGUGAAGACCGCGCCAUCAAUACAGACUUAACGCGCAGCGAGGACUUCCAUCAGCAAGCGUUGGGCUGUGCGCAGGGGCACAUCAUUUGUACGCGUUGCUUGGUUAUUUCCAAAGAACACUAUUUCAGCUGUCGGCCAUUCACCCCGCCGCAUGGCUUAGUGGGUGGCAAUGAUGGCUGUAAAUAUAGUGGUGCCACUUGUCAACAGCUCGGUUCGCCACAGCCGGAAGGCAGCAUCAGCUUUGCGAAUAUAAAACUGGAAUGUAUGUGCUCGCAGCCUGACUUGGACAUCGAUGCGGAGGUGGAUGUGCCACUAAGGCGGCGCAUCAAUGUACGCAGCGCGGCUACCAAUACACCACCUUCCACGAGAGGCAGCAGCAAGCGACGCAGUGGCCGCACGAAAACGAGCAGCCCCAGCUUGCAGGAUAUCGGCAAUGAGAGUCUGGGUGCAGACGUGCGCUAUCGUAUAUGUGAUAAUUGUAAAAAUAAGUAUCGUAAUAGCAAUAAGUGUGGCGGUAGAAAGUUCCGAAAAAGUAUCAAGAAUGGACGAAACUCGCGCCAGCUGUCGUCCGCCGCAACAGCAACAGCAGCAGCUACAAUAAUAAGAGCCGGCGAUGAACGUCAUUCACAAAAGUACAGCUUGGCUGCACGAACUGGCGUUACACAGACGCGUAGCAACGACCUGCUUGAGCGUCAACCUGCGACUGACCAUACCAGCACCGCAGCGUCCGCGAGUCAAAGGCAAAAGACGCACUCCACGGACGACAUUAUCUUCUACACAACCACCGAUGAGAGCAGCACCAACAGUGACGACACUUCAGAUUGCGAAGGCACGUGUAUUCGGCUGCGAAAUCGACAGCGCGAACUAACUGUUCAGUCGACAUCUGCACUCAGCACCGUAAGCGGUGGUUGUGGGACGCUACACAAAGACGCUGUGGCAACUUCAGAAGACUCUAUGGCGGCAGCGUGUAUCGCGGCAGCGGCGAAUGUUGGCGCUGUGAGUGUAGAAGUUGCUAACAACACACAAUCGACGGUUGAUAUGUCGCACGAUUCAAAUGGAUCUGUUACAAAUGAAGAAGCCAAGCCAAGCUCUGCAGUCGUUGAAGACAACAGCGCGCCAUCUAAUGGUGCUGGGCGCGCAAAGCGGCCCGACAAAUUGAUACUCGAUCUGAAUGAUCGCUCCAAGUACACUAAAGAGGUUUCUGUUUAAGUUAUUUUGGUUAGAAAUGUAGGUACUCUCAUGUAAAUUUGUUAGAGAGCGCUUAGCUAGUCAGGUUUUGUACAUAGAAAUACUAAGUAGUAGAAAGUUAAAGUUUUCUUAAGGAGCUUAGUAGAAAUAAAAAAAAAUAAAUGGAAAGCAUGGGUCUGCAUAAAUGCAUAUGCACUCUGACGAUUUGAAAAAGUGUAACUAAACGUAUAAUAAUGACGCGCUGCUAAAGUGAGGGUGAAGCACGUUCAAUACUCAGUAGGUUUACUAAACAUUAGGUAGGUGAUGAGACUAUGUAGGAGUGUGUACCUAGAUUAUCAGCCAUUGAAUGGCUUUUUUGGCAUUAUAUUAUAAAGUUUGGCAAUUUCUAAAAUAUUACUGACUCAUAAGUGAUAUUUUAGUGAGAUUAUUUACCAUAUAUAUAUUUAUUAUUUAGGGACUACUUAAAGGUAAGUACGUUGCUUAAACCUUGAGUUAUUGCCAGCUGAGCUUCAUCAUUUAUAUGCUAAAAAGUUUGUUCUUGAGGGGGUAUAUCAGUUGAUGAUAAAAUUGCGUUAAUACGAGACUGUAUAUUGGAGUAGGAAUGAGCUUUUAUGAAAUCAAGCUGUCUUAUUUGGCCAUCUGAUAGGACUUGACAGUUUUUUCAUGUCAUUUGUGUCUCAUAAAAUUUAAAAUUUCAGUAGUUGAGACCCAGUAAGCCCGAAAUAAAAACAUAUACCAGGUUGUUCAAUAAGUUUUGUCGUUUGAUAGGAAAAACACAAUUUUAUGAUUCAAAAUAAACUUUAUUACUCAGUAUAAUCUCUCUGAACAUUAAUACACUUGCUCUAACGAUCCUCCAAAUCUGUGUUAGGACCUCUUCAUUUGAUGAAAAACGCUUGGCACACAUAAAUUGUUUGAGUUCUGGAAACAAAUGGAAGUCGUUGGGGGCCAAGUAGGGUGAAUACGGUGGAUGGUCCAACAAUUCGAACUUUAAUUCAUAGAUUUUAGUCAUUGUCAAAAUGCUCUUGUGACACGAUGCAUUGUUCUGAUGAAACAGAAUUUUUUUCUAAUGCAAACCGUGUCUUUUUUCACGAAGUUUUUCCUUCAAUUGAUCCAAAAGGUUGCAAUAAUAUUCAGAAUUAAUUGUUUUACCAGUUUGCAAGUAAUUCGCAAACAAAAUUCCUCUCGCAUCCCAAAAACUUAUGCCAUAACCUUCUUGGCCGAUUUCCGGACACGAACUCGUUUCGAAGCCGAACAACAAGGUUCACAUCACUCUUUAGUCUCUUGUUUUGAUUCAGAAUCGUGGUGAUAGAUCCAAGUCUCAUCCAUAGUGAUGAAUCGGCGCACAAAAUCCACUUUCUCCGUUUUAAAACGCUAUAAAUUUUGCUGCGAAAGUCGCAUUCGAAUGUGUUUUUGUUUCAUUGUGCAACAUGCAAUCGACGAUCUUCCAAAACCCUAUCCUGUAUUUUGGCCAUGAUUUCUGGUUGAUACGUCCUUCACGUGGAUCUUCAAGGCUUGUACGACCACGUUUAAAUUCAGCAACCCAUCUUUCUACUGUUCUAACAGCACGUGAACAAUCAUUAUACACUUUUAAAACUCAUAAGUAAAUUUCUUUUGGCCUUAGUUAUUUCUCGAGAGCUUACUUGUAUGCGAUACCUGCUGGUAAGAAGUUUCUUAGAAUGUAAAUAAAAGCCAUUUGAACGUUUCCUCAUUUCUUUUACUCUCCAUCAACUGCAGCAUAAUUAACCGGGCAUAUUCAUAAGUUCCUUUUCCGUAAUAUCUAAUCCAACAGCCGUUGUACGCGUUUAUGAAGAAGCUCUUCGGUGAACUCAAUACUUUUAGAGCACUGUGAUUUGUGUUUAAAACUAGUAGACUUAAGAUAGCUAAAAAGUAUAGGUAGUUGUCUUUAUAAAACAUACGUAGAUAAUUUUUUUUCUAUAAUAUAUUAUUCUCUCUUUUUCUUCUUCAAUACUUCAUAUAAUAAGCCUUUUGUCACUUUCGAGUCAGCAUAUAAAAAUUUUCAAUUGAAAUUUUAUAUUUUAAUCAUUCUUCUCUUGCUUUUAACGUAAGUGUAUGUAAAUAUCCAGCUUGAAACACUCGCUUCCAAUGAGAUUCUCUGGUCUACUGAUCCCAAACCAUGGCAACUGAUUCUGCAACGGAAAUGAGCCCUAAGUUGGAAAAUCAUUUCGCCAUGUAUUGGUGCCGAGCGCACAGCUGUGGAAUCCAUUGGAACCGCAACGUUUCUAGCAACUUAGUUAGUUUCAUUCACAGUUAGGAUACUCUUAGCGCUAACGCAAUUUAGUCACCUAAAAAAAGGACUUGUAGCUGUGUGUAAAUAAUUUAUGAUCUAACUUUUUUCUUAGGAACGCACUCAUAUUCAAAUAAAGUGUGUGAAAAGAGUGAGGAAAUAUUUUUUACUCUUAAGUAUUAAAAAUCACAUAUCUCUGCCAAAGAAAUUACGUUAAAGUACCAAAAGUAAUAAAAAGUAUUAUUAAAAUUUGUAAUUACCGUAUAUAAUUCAUAAAGCUAGCUCUUAAGUAUUUAUUAUGUAAAGCAAGUUUGUUGGUCAUUAAAACUAACUGUAUAUAGGUAAAUAAAUACAUAUGUAAAGCGCA